AUGAUGGCUUUGCCGGGACCCAGGGAGGCAAUAGAUUGGUGCUUCCAGUCGGGGUCUUCUUCCUCCGCCACUCUCGGCGUCUGGACGGUACCGAUUGUAGUCGCGGCAACGGCGACGGUGGUGGUACUGAUCGGCGAGUGCUCAAUUCGUUUCUCGGAGGUCCUUUCUGUGAUUUCUGUCCCUCUUUUUGCCGUCGAAUGUCAAUUUCAGACGUAA